AUGGAUGUCACCGAGUAUGUCUACAAUACAGUCGAUGGGGGCGUUCCGCUGAAGGCGGAUGUUUACUACAAAUCGGUGACAGAUGAUGCGGUGAGAGAGGCUGGACCUAUUGUUCUUGUAAUUUAUGGUGGUGGCUUUGUCAAUGGGUCAAAAGCAGCAGUAUCCAAAGCCCGGCUUGAGUCGCUUGUUCACGACUUCGGCUUCACUGUUGUAGUGCCAGACUAUCGCCAUUGCCCAACCGUUUCUGUCUUUCAAGGGCCUGUCGCGGAUAUUCAUGCUUCUUUCUCAUGGACAUGCAAAGAGCUUCCCGCCCUGUUAUCUCGAGAUGCUGGAGUAGCAGUAGAUGGUGGCAGGGUCGCAGUCAUUGGUUCAUCUGCGGGUGGCACCCUAGCUUUACACCUGGCAUCAGCUACACCUCCACCAAAGGCUAUCGUGUCUUACUUUCCCGCAAUGUAUCUCAAAGACCCAUUCUGGCACUCGCCGAUGGAAGUAUUCUCUCAGAUUCCGCGGUUCCCACAAUCUUUCCUUGACCAGGUCCAUAGCGAAGGCAUCGUCACAGCCACUCCUUCAGCAUUCAAGAAGGUACCGGACAGUCCAAAACCUGUACCAGACUUCUCCAUGCCUCGAACUGCCUAUCUUUUGAGUAACCUGCGAGACGGAACUUUGUUCCGAAAUGUCGUGCAAGACGGUGAUUACGAGCGGGUUGAUCCCGUGGAGCUGUUUUCAGCUAAAUUUCCACCAACCUGUUUUGUUCAUGGUAGUGAGGACAAGAUGUGCCUUCCAAAGUUCUCUCAAAAGGCACAUGAGUCCUUGGUAUCUCUUGGAGUGGAUACGGAGCUACUGAUUGCAGACGGGGAAGGACAUGAUUUUGAAUCAUCUAUGUCUAAAGACCAUCCGCGCUUUUCGAUUGUCCACAGCUCUCAUCAGUUUAUAGCAGAUAGAGUUUAG